CUGCGCAUCUACUCCGCGCAUCCUUCGGCUUGAUUCAUUCUCUCCCAGUUAACGGGCUUUUUACGUCGUCGAUUUUUCGUACUUCUUUCCUACGCCACGAAGCUACAACGACACGCCAACCAAAAAAUAAUAAAGAAAAAAACAGGGACACUGCAUCACCCCGUUUUUCAAUCAUUCAAAGAAAACAACCCAAAUAAAUCCUACUGCGACAGAGCCCGAACUAAACGGGCGGACUGCGUUUUUUUUCCCUUUCUUCUUUGUUUUUUUGGAAACAGUAUCUGCAAAAAAGAAAAAAAAAAUGAAAACCAAAUUCAUCAACGGGGUUUCUUCUUCUCCCUCCAUGUUGCUGGGUCUCCUGGUAACCGAGAACGCCCUUCAGGUCCAGCCCGACGCCCCGGAGGACUGCAAGGACCCGGUCCGGCCGGACGAGCCGGACCUGGACACCCGCCGCAGGGCGUUCCUGUGGUGCAGGGAGUUCCUGCACGGAGCCUGGAGGAGCCUGGCCGAGGACGACUUCCAGAUCACCAUCAUCAGGGGUGGUCUGAGCAACAAGCUCUUCCUUUGCAGCCUCCCUGACAGCGUGGACUCUGUCGGGGACGAGCCAAAGUGCAUCCUUCUGCGCCUCUAUGGGGCCAUCCUGCAGAUGUCCUGUAAUAAAGGGGAUUCUCCACAGUCAGACAAAGAUCACUUCCAAGGUGCCGAGGCCAUGGUGCUGGAAAGCGUGAUGUUUGCCAUCUUAGCGGAGAGAGAGCUCGGACCUAAACUCUAUGGCAUUUUCCCUCAGGGUCGCCUGGAGCAGUACGUCCCGAGCCGCAAACUGGACACCUGCGAGUUAAGCGACUCCAGCAUCUCCGCUGAGGUUGCAGAGAAGAUGGCCCAGUUUCACGGGAUGAGGAUGCCCUUCAAUAAGGAGCCAAAAUGGCUGUUUGGAACCAUGGAGAAGUACCUGAGCCAAGUCAUGAAGCUGAAUUUCACCAGAGAGUCCCACCUGCGCCGCUUCAGCCGCCUGCUGGCAAUAAACCUCCCGCAGGAGAUGGAAAUGCUGAAGUCGCUGCUGGGGUCCACCCACUCUCCUGUCGUGUUCUGCCACAACGACUGCCAAGAAGGAAACAUCCUACUGCUGAAACGCCACCAGAGCUCAGACAAACAGAAGCUGAUGCUUAUUGACUUUGAGUACAGCAGUUACAACUACAGGGGAUUCGAUAUCGGCAACCAUUUCUGUGAAUGGAUCUACGACUACAACUGUGACGAGUCUCCCUUCUUCAAAGUCGACGCUCAGAACUACCCUUCAAAAGCCCAGCAGCUCCAUUUCUUUGAAAGCUACCUGCGUGAGUUCGACGGAGGCUUCGACAACCUGAGCACAGAAGAGAAGGUGAAGCUUAAGGAGGAGCUGUACGUGGAGGUCAACAGGUUCUCCCUGGCGUCGCACUUUUUCUGGGGCUUGUGGUCCAUUAUCCAGGCUCGGCUGUCCACCAUCGAGUUUGGAUACCUGGAAUACGCCGAGGCCAGAUUUGAAGCCUACUUCCAGCAGAAGAGGGUCUGGGCAGCCUAAAGGAGUGAGGUGUUUGGACGGUUUGACAGCACGCUGAGCCAUAAUGUCCGUAGAAGGACAUGCAGGCUGAUGAAGAUUCCACGAUCCACGCUUUACUUAGACACCCUGCCUUGAGGGGAUCUGCUGCUUACUGUUGGUGUUGUGUUGACCAAAGCCGAAACUUAAUCACGUGGCUAGGUGCUUAUGCCCCACAAUCUAUUGCAGCUCAAACUUUACACUGCGUAACUACCUGAAGGCCAACAAGAAAAGAAAAGAAAGAAAGAAAAAAUGUAUUUUUUUUCUUUUACUAACCUGUAUUUCCAGCCAGAAGUACUCUCUUUUCCUGCCUUGAUCAAACCAUAUCACUAUUAUGAUGGUUUUCAGUUGGUUGAUGGUGGAUUUCAGUUAAUUCUAGAUUUGAACUGUUAACAUUGCAUCAAUGUGUAAGUAGAGAUCAUUUCCUGAUGGAAAUGUUCUAUGGUAAAGAGGCAGAAUGCAAACUUCUCCUGGUAGUAAGCAGACAGUUGGUAAAUACGUAUAUUAUAUAUAGAUUUCCGUGUGCCAGUAGCCUGGCCUUAUCUGUUACUGAUGGGCCGAGUCUGCUAGUGGAGUCAUGACUUGAUCUGCAGGUCUGGUUUUCUGUACACCUUUGCUGUUUGUUUGAUCUUCUCCAUUUUUUUUUUUAUGGGUGUGUUUGACAUUGUCUUUAGAGUACAGAGGACACAGUUAUUUUGUAUUUGUAAGAAUGUGAAUAUUUUCCCGGGCGGCUCCACCAAAUCAAAAACGUCAAAACAAUAAUCAAAGAGAAAAAAACAAAGACAUCAAAUUUCAAGCAUCUUUCUAACAGUUAAGCCUGAUUGUUGGUGAUGUCGGUAGUAAUAUUCAACACUUUGGAGUUUUCAAACACUGUGAGAAGCAGAACCACACCUCGGUGUGCUUUACACAUUAGGCCUAAAUGGAUUGAUUUAGCCAAAAACUCCACUGUUUUCACGAAGAAGAUUGAUUAGCUUUGUACUGGCAAUCAGAUACUGAAGAGAGCUUCACACAGUGCACAUGACAAUGGUUCCUUAUUGUGGUUUUCUUUGGUGGCUGGUUCCCGGCGUUUUGGAGUAAGUGCCUCCUACAAGGUUGCCUCAUAAUAAUAAUCCAGAAUAACGACCCCGGCGGUCCGAUCAUGCUGCACAGCUGACUUCUGUACCGAUUACAACUACCGAGUUAUAAAUGUACUGCUGUGCAGUUACCCUGUUAAACAGGAGUUUGGGUGGGGGGGGGGGGGCAUGACUACUGUUGCUGAAACAGAGAUGGGAUUCAGAUUGGGGCAUGCUAAAAUUCUGAAUUCAAUUACACUUAACGAACCAAUUCAGCACUACAAAGAAGAAUGCGUGCACUACGCUUACCUCAAGGUUUCUACUUUUAGGUGUGUAAAAUCCACAUCAAAUCGUUUAACAACAAACACUUUCCCAGAUUAGUCCACGUAUAUUUUAUCUAUACUGUAUAUUCGAGUUGUACUAUGGGCUUGAUGUUCACAUUGGCAGUGUGUGGUUAAGAAAAAAGACGCAGACUCCACAGAUCUUUUGCUGAGCCACACACGAACCUUUCUUUCUGAUCGAUAUCCAUCCAAUUUUAAACUGAAAAUUGUACAGAGCUGCAGAAACGACAUUACUGUACACAACUUACAACUUAUACUUGCUACUUGAUUAACCAGUGAAGGGCAAUUAGUAAGUAAAGUAGUAUUUUUGUAAUUUUUAUUUAUAAUUAUAAAAUGAUGGUAAAUGUAUAAACACUGUAUGGCUCUGUAAUUACACAUAGAAGUAGACAAAAGCAAGAGCAGGCUGAUCUGUAACUAGUGAUUAUUCGUUUCCCUUUCAAGUAAGCCGAUAAUAAAAACUACAUUUAGCUAAUACCAAUUUGAAAACAUAUUCUGACUUGUUUUUUCAGUUAAAUAGUUUUAAUGGUCCAAAUUAAAACUAUGGGCCUGUUGUUGGUCCCGGGGAAUAAGACAGCAGCGAAAGCUAACUGUAGCCCUAACCACCCUAGCGUAGAUGUUGCUAAUUGAUUUGAUCAUUUUUGUGAAUAUUUCUUUUAGAAUGCCAUUAAAUGAAGCUUUUAAACUUCAGUUCGUUUUUUUUUACAUCUUCUUUAUUCUGUAUUUAUUGUUGCCGGCUUUUGUCAGGCAGCAUCGUUUCGCAAGUACGACAUACUGACAGUUGCUAGAAAGUUAGCCUCCCAAACCGGCUAACACCAAGUGAAGACAUUUGUAAACUCAACAUGUGCCAGUUUGUUAUGUUUUUUUGUUUUUCCUUAGUCUGAUAUUGUGAUAGUGCCAGUGAAUGAGUUUAUUGCCAAGCUACGAGUGGGCCACUAAGGUGAUUUAGCAUCAGUUAGUACUUUGUGCAUUGCUGAAAAAUGCAUCACCAUGAAACUGCUGCUGCAAAUGGAAGCUGUGUGACCUCCACGAAGGUUAACAUGCAUAACCAAAUUAAUGUAUCCAAACUCAUGUGGAGUUUCUACAACUGGACAUUUUUCCUGUUUGUCUGUGAGCCGGUGGGAUUUAAGUUACUGUGUGAAUAUGUGACUAAUGUGAAAGCUGCGCAUCUACAGAGACUGAGGGAACUGAGCAGGACGACACUAAACUGGUCACUAACCCUGCAACCUGAUACUGGAACCAUUCAGAGUCACGUGGAUGCCUCCUGUGGCACUUUUGAUAGCUGAAAAUAACAAAAACACACAAAAAAAAUAAUGGCAGUAGCCUAACUGUGACUAUUAAGUUCUUUAAAUGUUAGUUUUACUUUGUUUGCUAGUGGAGCCUAUUUAUAUUUACUUUUUAAUGUGUUUAAUGUGUGGAUUGUUUUUUUAUUUCGAUAUACUGGACUUGAAAUCCAGCAGAAGAAUGUACAAUGGACUAUACUCGACAGAUAUUAUAAUGUAAUGUGUUACUGGUACAUCACUAGUCUAUGUUUUGUUUUCUUCUUUUUUUUAAAUUCCAUCCAGUAGAGCUGUCUUCUGUUUAACUGUAAUUUUUUUUUCUUAUUAAAAAGAUUGUAUUUCUUUC